CGGGACCAUUUAUCUGUCUGACUUGUCUGUUUGUAUUCUUCACGAACGCACACAAACACUCUAAACUCUCCCCCUCCCUCUCCCUCCUUCCGUCUUAAUCUACUGUUUGUAUUGUAAUCGAACUGGAAGUGUAAUAAUCCGGCGGCUGAAUACAUUUGCCGGAGAAAUGGCUUCGAUUUUGACAUCCGAAACGAGGCAGGUGGCCUUGAGAAUCUUGCAAGAGGAGUCAACUUCUGCAUCCAAUCCGACAGACGCAGUGAUAUUCGUCGGGAUCAGCUUGGUGUUGGGAAUUGCGUGUCGCCACGUGCUGAGGGGCACUCGUGUUCCCUACACUGUUGCCCUGCUUAUUCUCGGCAUUGGACUUGGUGCUCUAGAAUACGGAACAAGUCACAAAUUGGGAAAGAUUGGCGACGGCAUUCGUAUCUGGGCAAAUAUUGAUCCUGACCUUCUCUUGGCCGUGUUUCUUCCUGCACUUCUUUUUGAGAGUUCAUUUUCGAUGGAAGUGCAUCAGAUAAAGGAAAGGAAUAUGCAUCAACUUCUCUCUCUUGACUUGAAGAUUAUGGAAAAACAGCGAGAAGACAUUGAUGUUGUUAAAUUUCUUCUUGGUCAACCACCGAAAUUUGAAGCUGUCAGGGCACAGAUACUGGGGGAAAAGAACUUCCAAGUCUCCCAGAGACAUUCUCUCGUAUUCAGCGCUCUACUCUCUCCGAUAAUACACCUAAUAGAGAUCAUUCUGCCUUUGUUUCCAGGGGUGACUCAUUUAGGGGUGGACACAGUGGUCGAAGUGGACGUGGUGUUAGCUCUAGAGGUGGACGAGAUAUUAGAAGCAGUAGCCGUUUGGGAAAUCUUGAACCUCGAAAAUGUACUCACUAUGGUCGUACAGGUCACUUCAUUGAUUAUUGUUGGGAUUUACAUGGCAAACCAUCUGGUUUUGCCAAUAAGGUCUCGUCUAAUGAGGACCAUCACCCAAUAUCUGGACCGCCACACUCACUCAGUCAGGUACUUUAUCUUCUCAUUGUCUAUUGUAAUCCUUCACAAUUCGUGGAUUAUCAAUUCUCGUGCAACAGAACACAUGACUGGUUCGUCUACUUCUCUCCUCGAUUAUCAUCUUGCUCAGGCAAUACUUCUCCUUCUCCUAACAUUACCAGAACUAUGUAAGUUGAAAAAGGCUUUAUAUGGGUUAAAGCAAUCACCGAGGAAAUGGUUUGGAAAGUUUUCUGAGGUUGGUCUAAAAUUUGGUCUUCAAAGGUGUCAAACAGAUUAUUCAGUAUUUCAUCUACAAACUGGUGCAGGUCAUAUUAUCCUUGUAGUUUAUGUAGAUGAUAUUGUAAUAACUGGUGAUGAUGCAAAUGGGAUUGCUCGAUUGAAACAGUUUCUACAAAAAUAUUUCCAGACCAAAGAUCUAGGCAAGUGUUACACUGAACAAGGAAAGCUAUUAGAGGAUGGUAGGAAAACUUAUUUACCAAUCCACACAAUGUUGAGUGAUCCCAUCUUGCCAUCUCUCUUUAUCAAUACUACUGACUACUUCUCUCGACUACUCAUGCAACAGUUCCAGGCUUACCCUUUAUGGGCUGUCAGUAUGGAAGUAGUACUCUUGCCUCACAUCUCUUUUGCUAAUGAUGUGAUUAUAUUCACCAAUGACCAUAAGCAGUCUAUUCGGAAGUUACUCGAUUACGUGGAGUAUUACGGGAGUGUUUCUAGUCAGUUGAUAUCGUUGUGGGCUCAGUUCUUAUUGGGCAAGUACUGUAUUGGGACUCACUCUCUUUUUGCUUCUAUUCCAUAUUUAGCUUCACCUAUUUGGAGGUUGAAGUCGCACUCUCUUGCAGGGCGUAGGGACUCGACUAUCGCCUCAUCUCUUGGCGUUUCUCUUAAUCUUCCUUCCUCUGCACACCCUAUAUUGAUUUUUUGGUGUAUUUCAACGAUGGGAUCUCACAAGAUCAACACCGAUGGAUCCACCAAGGAUGGAUUUGCUAAUGAUGGGGGCAAUUAUUGGGAUGGAGGACCAUGGGCUAUUCAGAACAUUCUAAGUCAGAUCAAACAUAUUCUCAGAUUUGACCGUGAUACUAUUUCUCACACUUAUCGUGAGGAGAACCAAGUCAUCGAUUCAUUUGCAUCUGAGGGAUGGGACCAGUGCAAGCAGGAGUAUGGACCACCUGACCUACCACAAGGAACUCGGGCUCUUGUGCAGUAUUUCCCCUCUUAUUACUUGCCUUCAUUUGUUGCAUUUAUUCGCUUUCGGGAGGAUGAAAGGAUUCUUAUAGUUAGCUGUGUAUUGACUAUAAAGCCAGGCCAAUAUAUGUCACAGGCUCAAGAAGGGGCUGAAGUUUCUGGUGUCUUGACAGUCAUGACUUUAGGAAUGUUCUACUCUGCUGUUGCUCGGACUGCCUUUAAGGGUGAAAGUCAGGGAAGCUUGCAUCAUUUUUGGGAAAUGGUUGCUUACAUUGCUAAUACCUUAAUCUUCAUCUUAAGUGGAGUAGUUAUAGCUGAAGGUGUUCUCCAAAGUGACAGCAUAUUCAAAACCUAUGAACACUCUUGGGGUUAUCUCUUACUCCUUUACCUGUUCGUCCAAGUAUCCCGAUUAGUUGUAGUUGGUGUAUUAUUUCCAUUUCUGCAAUAUUUUGGCUAUGGGCUGGAUUGGAAAGAAGCUAUCAUUCUGGUCUGGUCUGGUCUGCGAGGGGCUGUGGCAUUGUCACUUUCACUCUCAGUUAAGCGAUCCAGCGACAACUCAUCAUAUAUCAGUAAAGACACUGGGACUCUGUUUGUCUUCUUAACUGGUGGAAUUGUAUUUCUUACGCUUAUCGUGAAUGGAUCAACAACACAAUUUGUUUUACAUCAUCUUAAUUUGGAUAAGCUAACAGCGGCUAAGAGGCGCAUAUUGGAAUACACGAAGUAUGAAAUGUUGAACAAAGCAUUAGAGGCAUUUGGUGAUCUUGGAGAUGACGAGGAAUUGGGACCAGCUGACUGGCCUACUGUUAAGAGAUACAUUGCAUGUUUGCAUGAUCUUGACGGUGAACAAGUACACCCUCAUUCUUCUGAAAACGACGACAACAUUGACCAUAUGAAUUUAAAAGAUAUUCGAGUACGCUUCUUAAAUGGUGUUCAGGCAUCUUACUGGAGCAUGCUUGAUGAGGGAAGGAUCACACAAAUUACUGCCAAUCUUCUAAUGCAAUCCGUUGAUGAGGCAAUUGACCUGGUAUCCCGUGAGGCUUUGUGCGACUGGAACGGUUUAAAAUCCAAUAUAAAUAUGCCAAAUUAUUACAAGUUUCUUCAAUCGAGCAUUGUCCCACAAAAGCUUGUCACAUAUUUCACUGUCGAGAGACUAGAAUCUGCAUGCUAUAUUUGUGCUGCCUUUCUCCGUGCACAUAGAAUCGCACGACAGCAAAUACACGAUUUUAUUGGAGACAGUGAAGUUGCAUCCAUUGUAAUUAGAGAAAGUGAGCAAGAAGGUGAGGAAGCGAGAAAGUUUCUGGAAGAUGUUCGUGUUACAUUUCCUCAGGUAUUGCGCGUUGUGAAAACUAGACAAGUCACGUACUCUGUGCUGAAUCAUUUGGUUGAGUAUGUUCAUAAUCUUGAGAAGAUUGGUUUAUUGGAAGAAAAAGAGAUGACCCACCUUCAUGAUGCUGUCCAGACUGACUUAAAAAAACUCUUAAGAAACCCUCCCCUGGUGAAAAUUCCAAAGAUACGUGAUUGGAUAACUGCCAACCCUUUACUUGGAGCCCUUCCUUCCAAUGUGCGUGAGACACUUGUAGGAUCCACCAAAGAAAUAAUGAAAUUAUCUGGUGCAACACUUUAUAGGGAGGGAUCCAGGCCAACUGGUAUCUGGCUCAUUUCAAAUGGAGUAGUGAAGUGCGAAAGUAAGCUUAUGAAUAACAAUCAUUUGCUACACCCAACUUUUACACAUGGGAGUACUUUGGGCUUGUAUGAAGUACUUGCAGGAAAGCCUUACAUCUGUGAUAUCAUCACAGAUUCUGUGGUACUCUGCUUUUUCAUUGAAACUGAAAAGAUACUUACUGUACUUGGAUCUGAUCCAGCUGUAGAAGAUUUCUUUUGGCAGGAAAGUGUUAUUGUUCUAGCCAAGUUCUUGCAUCCUCAUUUGUUCAACAAACUGUCAAUGCAAGAUUUGAGAGUGCUAAUUGCUGAAAGGUCGACAAUGAAUAUAUACAUAAGAGGAGAAAGUUUUGAAUUACCUCAUCAUUCCAUUGGUUUUCUGUUAGAAGGAUUCAUAAAAUUGCAAGGUACACAAGAAGAACUGCUUACCCAUCCCGCAAUAAUACUGCCACAUGCAGAUCAAAGAAUUCGCCAAUCAGAAACAUCAGGUGCCAUAGGAGCUAGUUUCUUUCAUCAACUGUCUCGGUAUCAGGUAGAGACGAGGGCAAGAGUGAUAAUGUUCGAUGUUUCUGGAUUUGAGUCCAGCAGAACCCUUCAGCGAAGGUCAUCUUCACUGAUAUCACAUUCUGCUGACCAUCCAUCUGGACCUCUAGCUAGAGAGCAUGGUGGUCUAAUGAGUUGGCCUGAGCAUUUUUACAAGUCUAGCCGACAAGUCCAUGCUCUGGAAGAGACUGAUCAACAAGGAAACAAUUUGUCAGCGCGGGCUAUGCAGUUAAGCAUCUUUGGAGGCAUGAUAGACAACAACAGGAGACGACGCCACGGUAGCUUUCCAAGAUUUACCGGAGUAAAGCCAUCUCACAGUCUGUCUUACCCAAGAGUUCCAUCAAAUGGUGCACGACGUCUUGUUUCUGUCAGAUCAGAGGGGUCUUCUACUUUGCGGAAGAAACAUGAUGUGCAAGAGAGCAAACAAGAAAACACUGCUCAAGAUUUGCAGCUACAAGAGAGUCAUGCAAGAGAUGACUCGAGCGAUGAUGAGUCUGGUGCCGAGGAUGAACACAUCGUAAGAAUCGAUUCACCUAGUAGACUCUCUUUUCGCUAUCCUUCUCGAGGAUGAACACAUCGUAAGAAUCGAUUCACCUAGUAGACUCUCUUUUCGCUAUCCUUCUUGAAGCCAUUAGUUCAAUUUGCCUGUAUACCUGUAAUAAGUAAAUUAGCUUUCUUGUCCACUUUGGAAACUGUGCUCAUGGGUUAUUUCUUUUAUUGCCCCUUAAAUUAUGAAUUGGUAUGAUUGAAAGAAAUCAGUAGGGGAACAAUUUUUGUGUGUAUUUUGGAUUGAAUGUGAUUACAGGAAUAAUUAUUAUGUAUUUUAAGGGGAACUAGUUACAAUAAAGAAGGGUUUUUAGGCAA